AUGGCGGAGACGAGCCCUGACGUUGAGCACGAACGCGUGCUUACAAUUCCCAACUCGCCUUCAUGUUCAUUUCCAUUUGCAUCUCCACCCCAAUCCACCAUCACUGCCCUCGACAAAGAUCUCUCUCUCUGCGAUCAGCGAGAACUCAGCGACCCUAUACCUGACACCGACGACAACGACGACAACGACGACGACGACAAGCGUUCCCAAGCCCUCGCUACCGCCUUUGAAGCUCCGCGUGCUUUACCUCCCGUCCUUACCCCUCGCCCACUCCCUGAGCUACCAUCGCAUCCUCUACCUUCUCUCCCUUCCUCUUCGAAGACACACCGACCUCGCUGGAGCCACAAGGGACAACUUCUCGUUGUUCCAGCUUACUACAACAUGGCAGGAUCUAAGGUCCCUAAGCCAGGCCCGGCAAAGCUCAGCAAGAACUCUGGGCUCCCGGAGUGGCUUUCCCAGGCAAAGCAAUGCCGCCAUCUUCCCGAGGCUGUCAUGAAGCAAUUGUGUGAACUUGUCAAGGAGUGUUUGAUGGAAGGUAAGUUUACCGUGCCAACAUCUCAGGUAAAGUCUACUUAUCAUGGCGCAGAGUCCAAUAUUCAACCUGUGUCUACGCCUGUCACGAUCUGCGGCGAUAUCCAUGGCCAGUUCUACGAUCUCCUCGAGCUGUUUCGCGUUGCUGGUGGUAUGCCUGGUGAGACCGAUGUCCAGGCUCCUACCACCCAGAUUGACCCCUCCGAGAUCGAGCCUCCUACCGAGAUCACCAAUCCUAGGUUGAAAAAGAAGAUCCGCGUAUCUGAUAGUGGUGUUGAGAGUGCCAGUGGUGAAGAUGAUGAAGAGGAAGAGCGCGGUCGCCCUCGUACAGCUGGUCAAUCAAGCCGUGGUGCAAGCGCUGGUGGCGAUUCUGCCAUUGGCGUCAACCAAGUCUCGGGCAACGGAAACCAGAACUUCAUCUUCCUUGGUGAUUUUGUAGACCGCGGCUACUUCAGUUUAGAGACCUUCACCCUCUUAAUGUGUUUGAAGGCCAUGUACCCCGACAAGAUCACACUUGUUCGCGGCAAUCACGAGUCCCGCCAGAUUACUCAAGUCUAUGGCUUCUACGAGGAGUGUCAACAAAAAUAUGGCAAUGCUUCCGUUUGGAAGUCGUGUUGUCAAGUCUUUGAUUUUCUCGUUCUUGCUGCCAUUGUAGACGGUGAGGUUCUGUGUGUACACGGUGGUCUGAGCCCUGAGAUUCGCACUGUGGACCAAAUCCGUGUUGUCGCUCGUGCCCAGGAGAUCCCUCACGAGGGUGCUUUCUGUGAUUUGGUUUGGAGUGACCCUGAGGAAGUUGAAACUUGGGCUGUUUCUCCCCGUGGUGCUGGAUGGCUUUUCGGUCAUAAGGUCGCAUCUGAAUUCAACCAUGUUAACGGUCUGAAGCUCAUUGCUCGUGCCCACCAGCUUGUCAAUGAGGGCUACAAGUACCACUUCACUGAAAAGUCUGUCGUUACCGUCUGGUCCGCCCCCAACUACUGCUACCGCUGUGGUAACGUUGCCUCCAUUAUGAACGUUGGCGAGGAUCUGGUCCCCAAGUUCAGCAUCUUCAGCGCUGUCCCUGAGGAUCAACGUGCCGUUCCCGCGGGUCGCAGAGGAGCUGGCGAAUACUUCUUGUAA